CUCCGCGGAACCACGGUGGGAGGAGGAUGCGGCGUCGCCUUCAAUUAGGACGGCCUCCCGAGGCUCCGCCAGCAGCUGCGCCGAUGCGCAUCUGGACUUGAGCACCAUGCGCUCUGCGGCCAAGUCGUGGCUGCUGCUCGCGGGCUUCGUGCUCUUCUACGUCGUCUACCUGCUGUUCGGGGCGCUGGUGUUCUCCAGCAUCGAGCGGCCGGUGGAGGACGAGCUGCGGCGGGACGUGGAGGCGCUGAAGCGGGACUUUCUGAACCAGAGCUGCGUCAGCGCGGCGGCGCUCGAGCUGUUUCUGGCCAAAGUGCUGGCGGCCAACAAACACGGCGUGUCCGUGCUCAGGAACGCGUCUCUGUCGUCGAACUGGGACCUGGCGUCGUCCAUGUUCUUCGCCAACACGCUGGUCACAACUGUCGGUUACGGCCAGACCGCGCCUCUGUCUGACACCGGCAAGGCCUUCUCCAUCCUCUACGCACUGAUAGGCGUCCCCUUCACCAUGCUGGUGCUCACCGCCUGCAUCCAGAGGCUCGUGCACCCGCUGGUCCUCACUCCGCUCAGCUUCCUGCAGCGCUCGGGCAUGGAGCCUCGGCCCGCCACCGUGGUCCACUUCCUGCUGCUGAUGGUUCUGGUGGUGCUGUGCUUCUUCAUGGUUCCGGCGGCCAUAUUCAGCGCGUUGGAGGUGUCCUGGUCAUUUCUGGACGGCAUAUACUUCUGCUUCAUCUCCCUGUGCACCAUCGGACUGGGGGACUUCGUUCCAGGGGCCCAGCAAGGCCAGAAGUACCGGACCCUGUAUCAGAUCACUGUCAUGGUCUACCUCUUCACAGGUCUGAUGAUGAUGUACCUGCUGCUGCGCACCUUCCACAGAAUGGCCGACCUGCACGGCCUCACCGCCUUCUUCCAGCUGCCGCGCUGCGAGGAGGACCAGGACGAGGACCAGGAGCCCAUCGUGGAGAGCGCCCACGAGGACCGGACGCUCCCCGACCCGGCAGAGAAAGCUGCCAGCGAGCCUCUGGAGCCGGCGUCGCAGCCCACCUACAACACCAUCAACAAAGGCUGAGCUGGAGGCGGGAGACGGAUGCUGCCUCUGAUCGGGCUGAGUCUGACUUCCUGUCUGUCUUUGUUGAUUUUUUUUAUUGUUUCUAGUUUUCUCAAUUCAAACAUCCAAAGGUUGAACAAUAAUCUUGAGGAACUGAGACACGAGUUUUCAGAUUCAGGACAAAGGGUUGGAGUGGUCACGGCACCACCUCUGCACACAGGAAGAACCUUUCUAUCUUCAGUACGGCAGCGGACGGCUGCGUUCAGGUGUUCACAGCUUCUGGACCUGCAGCUCAAAGGCUUGAACCAAAAACGUUGGACUUGUCCCAUCACUUUUAUGCCUCCACUUUGGGGUUGUUCCUUCUAACAGAUGCUGACUUUAUGGAAAAGUUUAACUUGCUUUAACAUUAACAGCUUCAGCUGCUUUGGUAACGAGGGUUCAGUCAGAUUCUGUUAUUAUCGUAUCGUAUGAAAGAUGAGCGUGUGUUGGAUCUCAGUGUAACUGAGUUUAGCAUUUUAACCAUGUUUAGUCCCACAGUGCUGCCUCCCUCAGGACACAUUCUGGCUUUUCUAGUGCUGCCCCCUGUUGUCUACAUGUUAGAACACCUCCAGAACGCUUCCCAGCAGCUAAAGGCUCAAACGUAGACAAUGAGCUGUUUGAUGCGGUUUAUGAUCGCGUCAGGACAGAUGCCCUCCCUGGCCUGUAUGUUUAGUGAUACUGGACAAUAAGUUUAAAUAAAUGAUCCCUUCUAUUUAUCA